CCCUGGAGUCAGCACUGAGGCAACAAGUUAAAGGCAGAGUGAUGGGCCCCCAGAGGAAGAGCCACAGCAGUUCAUCUGGUUCCCACAGAAAGCUGGAGCUCCCCCUCCAUAGCAGCAGCUGUACCUCUCUGCUGCAGGCAGCAACCUCCCCAGGCAGCAGCAACCUCCCCAGGCAGCAGCAGCAGGGGGACCAUGUUCAGAGCCAGAGGACGGCCUGCCCUCCAUUCCUCGUCAGUGAAAUCCUUCCUCAUUAAAAAUAAAAGCACUUCCUCCCCUGCAGCUGCUGCUGUUGCUGCGUUCAGAUGAAAUCCCUCCUCAUCCUGGCAACGAGCUGCAUCAGGUCCGAUCGAACAGAUUGUGGUCUCUCUAAUCUGUUGAGCAACACUAAAAGGCGGAUAUGAGCGCUGAGCGCGGAAAGAGGAGGCGAUAGGAGCAGGACUGAGCGAGGCGCGGCGCUUUGGCAGGAUAUUCGGACUGGCCUGGGCAGAUUGCUUCUCCACCACUUUUCAUUUUCAGGGAUCGAGAUCACGUCACAGAGAAGAGUCCGAGUUGAUAAGUUGGAAAGGAGUAAUGGUGAAGCUUUGUCGGUGCGGUUUCCCUGCAGGUAUGGAGAGGAUCGAUGGGAGCGCGCACUGACGCGCACAUUCCAGCUGCUGCUUUCUGCUGCCUCUCACAUGCAGUCACGGAUCUUUAUCUCUCUCCUCUCUCCCGGGGGGGACAGGAGAACAUCAGCAGCUGGAGGGCAGGAGCUCCUGAGAUGUCCAUCCAUCACGGCACGCUGCUCUUCCUGGGCCUCCUGCUGAUGAUCUCCGGGGCAAUCAUGGUGUUCUGCCUUGGAACGGUUCAUGCAACCAUCCCCCUGUUUGUGCUCGGGGUAUUUCUGGGCACGGGGGGAAUAACCCUGGUGGUGGCGGGAGUUUGCAUGGCUAAGAAGAAUUUCCAGGUGGGAGUUCCUGGACACUUUCUGCUGCACCCCCCUACAGGCACACGGUUCAGCCCCCAGCAGGCCCUGGCCAUACAAAGGAGGUUAGAUCGAAUCCGACGGGAGAUUUCAACCGACGCUGUCAGUACGACACCGGAGCCCGAACCCUCCCUGCCAUCCACCCCGCCUCCCUGGACCAUGGAGCCGCCUCCGUCGUAUGACACUGUGAUGAAGAGCCAGGAGCACAGCGAGCAGAGAAACCAGGAGCGCAGAGAGGAGAUGAACCAGGAGCGCAGAGAGGAGAUGAACCAGGAGCGCAGAGAGGAGAUGAACCAGGAGCGCAGAGAGGAGAUGAACCAGGAGCGCAGAGAGGAGAUGAACCAGGAGCAACGAGAACAGCCAGGCAAUGAACACGAUGAACAGCAACAUCUUGAACAAACUGAAUACAUCCAUCAGGAGCACAGCCAGCAUCUUUAAAUUUUCUCUUGGACAUUGGAAACUCCCUUCAGUGCCUACUGUUCCUCUGAGGACUAAACCUUCAGCGCUAUGGAUAAACUCAUAGCUACAAACCUCCUCUGAACCUUGAAACUGACCAAUUCAGAUUCAGUAUUUGCUCAGGAUUUCCCUAUAAGGUUAGAAGGAGACAAAUGGAAAUUAUUAAGUAUAAAGGCUAUGAUAAAAUUCCAGGUUUAGUUAAAGUAUCUUUCCUUCCUUUUAAGCUCUGUUCAAAUACAGGAAGUACAUAAUUACAAUUUCAUAUAUCUGCCUCAUGCAUACUGCUUACACACAUGUAUUGCUUUGAUUCACUAUAGCAGCAACUCAUAUAGUCUCAUGUUUUCUGAUUCGACCUGUUUAACAGUUAAUCAGUCUUAUAUUUUUUUUAUUAAUUCCCCUUCCUGCUUCUUUGAGGCCUUGGACCCAGCAACCCCUAAAAAACGAUCACAGCCUGGUAAAAUUAAAGGAUUGGCUUUUAUUGAAGUCGAGGACAGGCUGCCACAUCCUACAUGAGGUGCGUACUCAUCACAAAGGCCUGCAGAGUCUGGAUCUUGAGUUGGGAGAUUGUGCAACCUCCAAUUUAAUAUAAAACAUUCUAGAUUUGGUAUUUUGGAAUAUGAAACUUUUAAGAAAUAAGCAGGUUGCAUAAAACUGUUGGUUUAAAAUUAUUUUAGGUUCAAUCGUAUGGUCUGGAGCACAAAGACAGAAAUGAAUGCAUCGCAAACUUAAAAGGCCGUUUUUGGAACUUUAUGGACAGGAUGGAAACAUACUUUGUAGUUGAUCAGACAUGGCUCAAGUUUCUUAUAUGAUAAUAAAAAAGGAUAUUUAUAAUGUUUUGUUGGAGUUCUGACAUUAAAUAUUUUCUUAAUUGUCUUGAUUUUUAAGGUUGGGCUGUAAAGUUACAGGAAAAUCUCAGAAUAAAUCUACGGGGGAUGGAGGGAACUGAUGAAGGCAGCGUUCAAGUUUCAUUAAGAAAUGAAGUGUCAUGAUGAUGGCCCUGAUAGCUGACCUAAGUGUUCAUUUCACUCACCUGCUUAACUCUGCCUGGUUACUUACAUUAUUCAUCUUAUCCACCUGCUCCUGCUGCUACAUCGACGGCUCAGUCCAGCUAUCAGGGCCAGAUCAUUGAGUUUGUGCUUUUGAAUUAGACUUUAAUGCCUUAGUAGUAAUGCCUGGUAUGUCCUGGCACUUACCUGCAGAGCCGUCCUGUUCCUCUUUUGGCUCAGCGGUGGGAUCUAGUUUAAAGUUCUGCAGUUUUCCUGGUGUCAUGUCUUGUUUCUGCCUCUCAACCAGUGAGCCUGCCUGUUCUGCAUUUGAGCGUGUCUGCCUGACCACUGUUGGACUCGUGAAAC